AUGGAUGCAGCUGAGCAUGAUCUCGAUGCCAAACUCUACAAGGCUUCAGGAACCCUCCUUAACGAACUUCAGCACAAGCUCCCACUACUAUUAUGCCACCCCGUAACGGUGCCACCAAGACGCCGUCUUCGAGUCCUCGACUCAAAAUGUGAGGAAUUGAAUCUGCUGCUUGACCGUUUUCAGGAAUGGCCUCAACUGCUUGACCCGCAUCUUUCGAAGCUGAUCCAGCAUCUUACCGAUGCCUUUAUGGGCUACCUUGCAAGUUCCAGCGAUCAGUAUGGCCCCACACAACGAUCUGGAACAGCUAGUGUUAGGGGCUACAAAGUUAUUGUUCGUUUGCUCAAUAAUGAGCCCAAAUAUUUGGCUCCAAUGUUGUCCGCUUUCACAUCUUGGAAUACACCGUCUAAGGGUAUGACCUGGCAAGAGAGAUACAUCAUGCUUCUCUGGCUGUCUCAUCUGAUGCUUGCGCCUUUCGAGCUGGCCACUAUGUCGGUCAGCCACACGGUCACCACUCUUCCUGGUGAUCUAGGUAGUCUUCCUGGCAUCGCCGGCGGUGUCGUUUCACUUGCUUUCGACCAACUGGAAAGCCCGGGCAAGGAGCGUGAGGCUGCAAGUAUUCUGCUAGUACGGUUGAGCUCACGGAGAGACAUGCUAGCCCACAAACUGCCUGUCAAGCUUGUGCAAUAUGCCUCUUAUAAACUCCUCAAUGAUGUUGAUUUGGUCAGCCUCAGUCCCUACAAAGCCUUGGGGCUCCUGUCGCUUCUUUACGGUAUCACAAACUCUGCUUCAGAUAGCGAGGCUGCUUCUUACCUUGAGAACAACUUCGGUGCUAUAUUGAAGAUUGCCACAGCUGAGAGCAGCCAUUUUGCUGCUAUCAGAGACUCGGCCCCUGCACGGAAAUGGAUUUUGAAAAAUUUGCGGGCCAUUCUGCUACAUGCAAUCUCCUUGAGCUCCAAACACUCAUCUGUGCAACUGGAUAGCUCCAACACCAUGCUCGAGGAGAGCAUACAAUACUUCCUAGAUGCCCUGAGUGACAAAGACACACCGGUCAGGAUGGCCGCUGCCAAAGCACUGAGCGUCGUUACCCUGAGACUAGAUCCUGACAUGGCAGCAGAGGUCAUUGAAGCAAUUUUGGGGUGUCUUGAAGAAAACGUCCUAUUGGAAGACCCUCACCGUCAUAAGCUCCUGUCAACAACAGACAGAACAGUCCACGAUACUGCUGGGAUGAAGAGAGUCAUAUCCGCGGUCGACCCGUUGAGAUGGCAUGGUUUAAUGCUAACACUAGCACACCUGCUUUUCCGCCGAUCUCCCCCACCCACAAUGCUAUCAGAGAUCAUCCGAGCCUUACUCCUGGGCCUAGAAUUCGAGCAGAGGUCCAAUGUCGGCACUUCAGUUGGCGUCGGUGUACGAGAUGCAGCUUGCUUUGGCCUCUGGGCUCUUGCUCGGAAAUACCGCACUUCAGAUUUGGAUCUCGUAUCUUACUCGGAUCAUGCUGAGCAAGGUGGAACAGAGUGUCAGAGUGUCCUACAACUGAUAGCUGUCAAACUGACGAUCUCUGCUUGCCUCGACCCUUCAGGUAACAUUCGCCGAGGUUCGUCGGCGGCUCUACAAGAGCUCAUCGGUCGGCAUCCAGAUACGAUCACCAAUGGUAUCUCGUUAGUCCAAGUUGUUGACUAUCAUGCUAUUGCGCGGCUCUCCCGGGCCAUGACUGAAGUCGCUCCACAGGCCGCGGCCCUUGGAAACGUCUACCACAGAGCUCUAUUGGAAGCCCUAAGAGAGUGGCGGGGUGUUUGUGCCGCCGAUGUCAACCAGCGUCGCUGGGCUGCCUCGACCAUUCACCUCCUCACGAGGUCACUUCCCGUCCCAGAACUCUCUUCCUUCGCUGAAGUUGUCCUUCGCCAGCUACUAAAUCUUAAGUCAAUCAACAUGGGAAGCACUGCAGCAGCCAGGCACGGAUUGCUCCUCGGGCUCGCCUCAUCCCUUGCCUCACUUACGGUGCUUGAGCCUGUGACAGCGUUGUCUUGGUUGGAGAGAGAUGGCAACAAGAUUCUUGAGUUGAAGCUGUUGACAGGCAAGCUCGAGGGCCGGACGACAGCAGACAUCGAACUUGUGAUGGAAGGAACAGCCACGCUUAUCUCUGAAAUCAGCAAGUGUUGCGCCAUGGCAAAACGAACACCAGCGCCUGUGCUGCAGUCAUGGAUAUCGGCCGCCGCAGGAGUUCUGAAUCACUGCACCACAGCAGGGAUCAGGGAAAUUGCCGUCCAGACGAGCGCUGAGGCGUUCGUGGAGCUAUUCAAGGUUCUCCCACUUUCCGCGGAUGCCACAAUGAUUCAAGGAUGGCUCGAGGACAAAAGACAGACAUCCGCAGCUGCUACAAGCAAAGGACGCCUCAAAACACUGAGUUUGCUACACGGAUAUCUGGCGCAGAUUGGAUUUGAUCCCACAGUCCGUCACAGGAUUCUGUCGUACGCGAUGGAUAUCGUCCAAGGCUCGUAUAAAAUCGAGACAAGGGUUGAUGCCAUGGAGGCACUGGGCGUCAUCCUCGCGAGUGAAAUACCAAUGAUCGACGACAAUGUCACAACUCGACUAUACGGAGUGUUCAAAUGUGGUCUAACAGACUACACCAAUGACCAACGAGGAGACAUUGGUUCAACCCUCCGAUUGCAGACGCUCGAGACGGUCGACAUAUACCAGAAUGCACUUGGCUCUCGUGAACAGACUAGCACGAUGUUAAAAGACGUGUUGCCGCUCGUCGUGAAAUUGGCAGCGGAAAAGCUAUCCAAUGUGCGUUUCCGAGCCUGGAAAUGUCUAGAAAGCCAUUGGAAGAAGGAUUCCUCCUUUCCAGACCUGCAGAAUGCCUUUCAAUAUCCUGCCGACGUCUUGUCGGUCACAUACUUCCAGCAACUGAUGGUUCUAAUAUCUAUACCCUGGGUGCAAAGGGAUCUCAUCCUUGGACUUGCUUCGUCGGCAACAUCCGGAACAGAAGACCUGUGUCGCGCGGCCAGCAAUGCGUUUGUCCUGCACAUGCAGUCGCUAGACUCUGGGACUCAGAUAAGGCUUUCCGAAACAGUUUCGACUGUUGUUGUUGAACAGCUUGCGCUAAACGCUCAGCAAGAUGAUCGCCAGGUUGUCCCUUUGCUUGACUUUCUGUGUCUCAUCAUUGAUCAAAACCUAUUCGCUGUCGACUCGAGCGAGCGUUCGGACACCGCAAAGGCUGACUUGUGGACCGUGAUGCAAAAAGUCCACGGGCCCAUGUCAAGCCUCCAGAGAAUUGAAGCAUCGCUGAAUGUCUACUCGAGGAUGUUGUCCAUGGAUGCCUAUCGUAUCAAGGCGCUGGAUAAAUUGACCAGACAACUGCUCCACCGCUGGCCAAAGGUACUUUCCCUUCUCGACCCUUGUGGAAUACAGGUUCACUAA